ACGUGGUGAGGUCUGGAACCACUAACCCGGUUGUACACUUAUCACCAUGGUUGAGACCCGUAGUGGGUUGGACACGAGCCCCAACACCAAGGAGCAGCAAGAAAAGAUGGCCGCCUUAGUCAAGGAGAACAGGGAGAGGAAAGAGCGUGAGAAGCAAGCAAAGUUAAAGGCGAUUGCAGACGAACAGGCGGCGAAGAUGAAGGAAAUAGAGGAGGAGAUGGUGAAAAAGAAGAAGGCUGUUGAAGAAGAAGCGGCAACAAAAGAAGAAAAGGAAAGAAUGAGGAUUGAAAGCAGAGAGGGAAGUAGUGGCACGAAAAGGGACACAGACGCUGGGAUUGAGAAGAAGAUCAACGAGUGGGUUGCUAAUUUAUCGUUGGGAGAAGAUGAGGAGGCGGAGUCGUAAGUGACUGAGGAUGAGAAGGUCACACUGGCCGCCGAGCUAGCAGCCAUGGCGGACCCUAUGGAACGAAGAGAGAGGGAAGACGAGCAGAAGCUACAAUGGAAGUUGAGAAUGAAGAGGGAGAAGAGGAGGAGGAGAAAUGAAGUGAAUAAAAUGAC